CCCUUGUAUCUAGAUAGGCCCAGCUUCUUCUGCGUGCUGUUUGCCUUUGAUAAGUCGAGGGGCUGCCGUUCAAGGAGCGGAUUGGUCGAUGCUUUCGGCGAGGGGCGGGGCUGAAAGGGGGCGCGAAUUUAGAGAAAUAGAACGGAGGUGGAGGAAGGUUCCAUUGCGGGAGCAGGCUUGUUUGACGUCAUGCUCAAAGAUCUCGCUUGUGUUCGUUGACGGUGACGUCACACCUCAUGGACCACCUUUUGCUUGGGAAAAUUUUUUCUUCCUGUAUUCUGGAAUUUUAACGACGCAGAAGCAUCAUGCGGCGCGGCUCACGAGGCGGUCCCACUCCUAGGAGGACUCCCUCCACACCCCCUUCACGCCGAGGCCCUGGAAUAUCUCCACGCCGUUCACCUCGAUCUUCCCCCCGCCGUCCCCCUCAGAGACAACAACCAGCAGAAGAGGCAGGGCACCGGCGGCGGCGAAGGUACCGACCUGGCCAACGGGCAUUGCUGGAAAUCCGAAAAUACCAGAAAAGCACCCAACUCCUCAUCCAGAAGUUGCCAUUUGCCCGUGUGGUGCGAGAAAUCUGCUUGGAGUUUACCCGCGGGGUCGACAUGCAAUGGCAGGCCAUGGCGUUGCUUGCUUUGCAGGAGGCUGCUGAAGCUUUUCUCGUGCACUUGAUGGAGGAUGCUUACCUCUGUGCCAUCCAUGCCAAGCGGGUCACCCUCUACCCCAAGGACAUACAGUUGGCUCGGCGGAUCCGUGGCAUCCACGAAGGCUUGGGCUAAGUGCCCGUCUCCCUGUCUCUCUGAGCUGCAGGCAUUAUUAUUCUCCGGGGCAGGAAAAAGCUCCAGAGAGCAUGUCAAAUCAACCACCUUUGUGGUGCAGGAGUUCCUAAUUGUGGCCGAAAACUGGGUGCGAGGACAGCGCAAGCUGGUUGGUUUCCUCCUGGAUGGAACUCUUGAGGACGUUUAAAGCCUUGGUGUUUCAUUU